GGCUUCUUUGGCAAGACUUAGCAUGGUGUUUCUCCACGCUUUGAUUUGGUCAUUGCUGACCACUUCAAGUGUUGGCGUCUUCACCGAUGUCAAUUUCUUGAAAUCUAUCAAAGACUCCUUGGAUGAUCCAUACAGUUAUCUUAAAGCUUCGUGGAACUUCAACAACAAUACAGAGGGCUUCAUCUACAGGUUUAGUGGGGUAGAAUUCUGGAGUCCGGAUGAAAACAGAGUGCUUAACAUUCAACUAUCCGACAUGAGUCUGAAGGGCCAGUUUCCUCGAGGAAUAAGUGAUUGCUCUAGCUUAACGGGGCUAGACCUUUCAAACAAUGAGCUUUCUGGACCAAUUCAAUCUGAUAUAUCAAGUAUCCUUCCCUAUUUAACUACACUUAAACUCUCAUCCAACAAUUUCUCAGGUGAAAUCCCGAAGAGUUUAGCCAAUAUUAGUUUUCUGAAUGUUCUUAAUCUUGACCACAAUCAACUAAAAGGUCAUAUCCCCCCAGAAAUUGGCCUGCUUUCUCGACUUAGGACUUUUACUGUAGCUGAUAAUCUAUUAUACGGUCCGGUGCCUAAUUUUUCAUAUGAUUUCCCAAGUGAUAGCUUUGCUAAUAAUCCGGUACUUUGUGGAAAACCUUUAGAGCCCUGCAAGAGUAUGUCAAAACCAAGUCAUAAUAUCAAAAAUCGUUUCCUUCUGGGUUUUGUGGUUUCUGCUGUUUCAGUUAUCACUGUUUUCAUCUCCUGUUAUGUGGUCUGGACACAAAGGAAGAAGAGGAGUAACAAAAGAAAGCAAGCUCAACAGACGGAGGAAAUACCACAUGUGGAGCUUUUACAUGAAGAAAGCAAAGAGGUAUAAUCUUCUACUCUAGCAGAAAACUCACUUCAGUUUUGAUGUUCCAGCAGGAUUUUAGUAUUACUAUUGGAAUUUGGAUCUUAACGGUCUUCUAUCUUGGGAAACUGGUUUCCAGACUGAAUUAUACAGAAAUCAGUGAAGCAACGAAAAAUUUUAAUGAAGAAAAUGUCAUUGGAAUU